AUGCUAACUUUUCUUCUCUUUUUCUUACAGCCCAAGGCCACUAAAGGAACAAAGAAGCCAGCCGCCAACCCUUACGGCAAGUCCAAGGCUGCCGCCAAGGCACCAAAGGACUCCCGUUUCGAGAAGCGCUCCCGCUCUUUCGCAAUCGGUCAAGACAUCCAACCCCCUCGUGAUUUGACUAGAUUCGUCAAAUGGCCCGAAUACGUUCGUCUCCAACGUCAACGUGUUAUCCUUAACCAACGUCUCAAGGUUCCCCCAGCCAUUGCUCAAUUCAGCAAUGCUUUGGACAAGAACACUGCCACAAACUUGUUCAAAUUGUUGAACAAGUACCGCCCUGAAUCCAAGCAAGAAAAGAAGGAACGUUUGGCAGCCGUUGCCAAGGAUGUCGCUGACGGAAAGAAGGCUGACCCCAAAGCUGACGGUAAGAAGCCAUUGUUUGUCAAAUAUGGUUUGAACCACAUUGUCGCUUUGGUUGAAGCAAAGAAGGCCAACUUGGUCGUCAUUGCUGAUGACGUUGACCCAAUUGAAUUGGUAGUCUUCUUGCCCGCUUUGUGCCGUAAGAUGGGUAUCCCAUACGUCAUUGUCAAGGGUAAGGCACGUUUGGGAACUCUUGUUCACAAAAAGACUGCCGCCGUUUGUGCAAUCCAAGACGUUCGCUCUGAAGAUGAACGUGAAUUGUCCACAUUGGUUCAAGCUGCCAAGGCUAACUACUUGGACAAAUACGAAGAAUCUCGUCGUCACUGGGGAGGUGGUGUACGUGGUAACAAAUCUGCUACUAUGUUGGCCAAGCGUGCCAAGGCAGCCGGUCAAGCAGUUGGCACCCAAUAG